AUGAGAUCCAUUGUAUUAGUUUCACUUUUGGCUUUUACACAAGCUUAUCUAAAGCUAGACUUUGAGAAGACUCCCAAGAUCAGCGAUGAACUAACGAAAAGAGCUGAUAAUGAUAGCUUUAUUGCUCCCCUUUUGAAUGGAGGCGAGUUGUAUACAGUUCAAAUCGCAGUAGGCACACCACCUCAAAAUUUGACUGUCCAACUGGAUACUGGCUCUUCUGAUUUGUGGUUUGUCAGCGCAAGUAACCCAUACUGUAAGAACAAUAAAAAAUUCGCUCCAAAAAAACAAGAUCUCAUGCCAAUCACAAGUGAUGAUGGAUUCCCCACUUCGCCCAACCAAGUUCCCAAGGCUUUGAGAAACAUUAAUUGUAAUAAGUAUGGGUUCUUCAACGCUAGCGGGUCUUCAACAUACAGCAGGAACGACACCAACUUCUCAUUGAGCUACGGUGACGAGACAUUUGCUAGUGGCCCAUGGGGAACUGACACCAUUUCCUUAAAUGGUGUAAAGGUAGAAAAUGUCACAUUCGGUUUGGCUAGUUUCUCAAAUUCUACUAAUCCAGUGUUUGGCAUCGGUUUACCUGGAGAUGAGAGUACGUACGCUAUGUUCUCUGAAGAUACUAAUGGUACUACGAACACUCAAUAUUCGAACUUCCCAUUACAACUAAAACAACAAGGUAAAAUCGAUAAGGUUGCGUAUUCGAUUUAUCUAAACUCUACAAAGUCUAAACAAGGUUCGAUUUUAUUCGGGGCUGUUGACCAUAGCAAAUACUCAGGCCCUUUAUAUACAUUACCAAUUGUGAAUAGGUUUGGACAUCUAGUUGAAAACCCAUAUGAACUGGAGGUUACAUUAAGUGGUCUUGGUCUCCAGAGAGCAACAUCAAAUAUUACUCUCUUUGAUCAAUUACUGCCUGCACUCCUGGAUACUGGUACAACCUAUACAUAUAUGCCAAGCAGCGUUGCGCAAUAUCUUGCUAAUCAAACAAAUGGUGUUAUUGAUAAGAAAACAAGUUUGAUCAAGUUGGCUAAAUGUCCAAGUAAAAAAUCGAAUGACACUAUCGUCUUCAAUUUCAGUGGAGCUCAAAUCAAAAUAAAAAUGGUUGAUUUUGUUGAGAAACAUAAGGGCAAAUGUUACUUGCCAUGUGUUUCUCAGGAGAGCAGUUUUUUCCUUCUUGGUGACUCCUUCAUGAGACACGUCUACACUGUCUUCGAUUUGGACGACAAAGAAAUCUCUAUUGCGCAGGCCAAUUUCAAUUCAACAAAAGAGGAUAUCGAAGAGAUAUCUAGUACUGUUCCAAGUGCGGUGAAAGCGCCUCAGUACUAUAGCUCCUAUGUUGAUUUCCCAACCGAAAUAUCAGUGACUGGUGACAUAUUUGCCCCUCAGGCAACAGAGUUUGUUCCAAAGCCAAAUAACACCAAUAACAAGACCAAUUUCACCCAAGAUCUUCUAGACAUAGAAAAUAUGCUUUUGAGGAGGCAUUACGAAAACAGAGCUACUACAUUGUCAACAAGUCUGCCAAUAUUUUUGAUUGCUUUAUCAGCAGUUACUGCCUUGUUUUUGUAA